CAGGAGGGGAUGGCGGCGGCGGCGGUGGCAGCGGCAGCGGAGGAGCUGGGGCUGCUGGAGUGCAAGGUGUGCUUCGAGCCGUACGGGCCCGGCGGGCAGCGGCGGCCGCGCAACCUGCCGUGCGGCCACGUCCUGUGCCUGGGCUGCGCGGCGGCGCUGGGCGGCGCGGGGCGGCGGGGGCUGGAGUGCCCCUUCUGCCGCCGCGCCUGGGGCUCCGCCGACACCAGCGACUGCCUGCCCCUGCUGCAGCUGCUGGAGGCCGCCGGCGGCCAGCCCGCGGAGGCGGGCGCCGGGGCGGGCGCGGCGGGGCCGGCCGGCGGGGCGGCGCUGCGGCUGGCGCUGGGCGGCUGGGGGGCGCUGGUGAACCCCACGGGCGUGGCGGCGUGCCCGCGCUCCGGCCGCCUGGCCGUGGCGCACGACGGCAGGAAGCGCAUCAAGGUGUUCGGGGCGAGCGGCGCCUGCGUGCAGCAGUUCGGGGAGCGGGGCGAGGCGGGCAACGACCUCAAGUACCCGCUGGACGUGGCGGUGACCCUGGACGGGCACGUGGUGGUCACCGACGGCGGGGACCGCUCCGUGAAGGCCUUUGAUUUUGAUGGGCGAGGGACACUGGCCCUCCGAGAAGGCUUCUCUCUGCCCUGGGGCUUGGACGUCACCCGGGAGAACGAAGUCCUCGUGACCGAUUCGGAGGCCGGAGCCCUUUACCGCUUGACGGCUGACUUCGCAAAGGGGAAGCUACAGAAGGCGCAGGUGAUCCAGUCCAAAUUAACCAGCCCGAGGGGCAUCGCCGUCUCUCCGGCCUCUGGCGUUAUUGCGGUGAUAGAGCAUCUGAAAGCCAAAGGACCAAACAACAGCAGCACCCGCAUGAAGAUAUUCAGUGCAGACAUGAAACUCAUCGGCCAGAUGGAUAGCUUUGGGCUCAGCCUCAUUUUCCCCUCCAAAAUAUAUGCUACGGCUGUGGCCUUUGACAAAGAGGAUCAUAUUAUAGUAACAGAUGUCUAUAACCAGGCUGUGUUAUGUUUAGGGAAACCUGAGGAGUUUCCUGUUUAUAAGCCUAUAAUCAGCCAUGGGCUUUCAUAUCCUGUAGGACUGACUUACAUGGCAAACAAUUCCCUCGUUGUUCUAGAUGGUGGUGAUCAUUCAGUAAAAAUAUAUGGCUCUACCUGAAUGCGCUUAGAUUUUUACUACUAUAGAUUCAUUCUGUUUUAGGCCAUGAAGCAAGACAAGUUAUAAUUGUAGUAGACACGUAAGUGGGAGGAAUUUUCUGGCCUUUGAGUGAAAUUGUCCUCCUUGACCACCCUGCAUCAAAGCUCUUGCCUAUCUGCGUGAGAAAACUUGACCAUUGCAGGUGACGCUCAACAAUGAAUAAACAAAACAAGUAACUUGGCAUUUGAAAGUUAUUUUACACCUUGACUACCAAAAAUUUUACGUCACUUUGGCAAAUAGAAAUAACAUUUGGAAUGGAGUAAUCAAAGGCCUGCAACAGAGAGAGAGAGAGAGACAAAAUGGUGCAGCUUUUGUUUACUAGCAUUUAGCUUUCAUUAUUCUUAAGCAGAGAGACAGUCAUGAGAGUGACAGAGUGAUUUCUAUUUCCAAGAUUCCUAUAGGAGAAAGAAGACUGGCUUGAUAGACUGACAGGAGAAAUAGAUUCUUCAGUUAAAGGUCAUUUAGAAUCCAGCUAAGGUCACUUGUGAUGGAGGAGCUAUCGAUGAUCAGUGAGGUUACAUGAAAUGAAUUGGUGCUUUUUUUUUUUCUGUAGUAGGGAAAUUACUAUUGAGUACCAUGAAACAUGUCAAUGAGGCAAUGUUUGGAAGGUGCAUUGCCAUCAUUACACUUGAAGGGGAAAAAAAAUAUUCCCUGUGGCAGUUUUCAUGGGCUAUAAGUUAAAUAUGAAGAGUAGAGUCUUAAAACAUGCGAAAAAGACACAGUCUAAAGAUUUGAAAAUACCAUGAUAGAUGAAUAUUCUCUGUACUAGUUUACUGCUACCUGUAUUAGAGUUGUACUGAUGCACUUGCACUUCUUCUGUAAGUCUGUCUCUGCAUGCAGAGAUAAUCUGAAAUGCAGAGAUACCAGCACGAGCUGGCAUGCUUUCUCUAAAAGCUUAAAGGUGUUUAGACCUCAAACACUUCUGUGUAUACAAAAGUGAGUUGGUCAUCUUGCUAACACAGGUAUUCUUGCAAGAUUUCCAGUACUGUCUGCAUCUGUCUUAUCAUUAAUAAUGACAAUUGUGUCCAAAACUUCAAGAUCCAGUUGAAAACUGGAGUGUUGAUGAGCAGUAGAAGGAAAAGAGAGACAUGAGCCUAUUCUUUUCCAAGCAGAUUUAGAUCAGUUUAUAUUUUCUUGAAAAGAAUUUCACUGUAGACAUAAGCUUUGUUGCCUUAUUGAACAGUGGAAGUUAAAGUAUACUUGAAUUAAGUUUUUAGCACUCCCUAUUAGGAAGUCACUGCUGCAUGCUUAGGCAUUUAUCUGCUGCUAAUAUAAUUACUUAGGUUGUUCAGCACUAAAAGGAAGUUUGAUAUAGAUAUGAAUGCUUUGUGAGAUAGGGACAGUAGGAUAAAGUUGCACUCAACUUUUAUGGUCACUUAUUUAUUCACAGAAAUUAUGAAUGAGAUGUUUUCUGAAAGCCACUUGAAAUCAGUGGGUGGUCUUUCUAUCAGUUAAUUUUUAAUCUGGCUUUUGGUCUUACUUCAAGGCAGAUAAUAACUACACUUACUGUCACACUGGUGAUCCACCAGGUUCUUAUUUUAAACUGGAGCAUUUUUAGCCCUCUAAUUCAGACAAUGUAUUAAUUUAUCUUAUGUUGAUAUAUGUAAAACCAAAACAACCUAACCAUUAAAUGCAGCUAUUUGUAAAGGUUCACUCAAUGGUGAUGUGCCAAUAAAGUGGAAUUUGUUUACUCUUAUACUAAACAGUUUAGUGAAAACUCCUUAUUUUUAUUAUCAUGAGUUUCUCUGUUACCAUCCAA